UCACGGCAGUUUCUCGCUGAUUUCGAGAGAGAAAAUCGCUUUGUGCGAAAGUCUGCAGAUAUGAAUACGCGCGCUGCAUUGUCGAUAGUUCUGUCGCUGCUUAUUUUACUACCAUCAUCGUUCGCAGAAGCUAAUCAUUCCGCUGAAGUAGAAUGCGGCAAAUACACGAGAUACGACAGAGAGCUAAUUGAGAAUGGAGGCAAGGUUAUAUCGACGGUGUUCCCUUGGCAUGUCCUUAUCUACUUAAAAAAAAGGGACAUGACAUACAUUCAGAUAUGCGGUGGUUCUCUCAUCCGCAACAAUCUCGUCGUCUCAGCGGCUCAUUGCUUCUAUGACGAGGACUCAAGACACGUUAAAAAUGCAUCGAGUUUCGUUGUGGCAGCCGGCAAGCGUUAUCGUGCCUGGGAUGCCGAUCAGCAGUACAGUCAGAAGUCAUUGGUGGAGAGCAUCGAAGUGAAAGAUAGAUAUUUGGGCCUGGCAGGUAACUUUAUUAUGGACAUAGCCCUACUGAAGCUGAACACGCCGUUUGAGCUAAAUAUGCUGGUACAUCCCAUCUGCAUCGAUUGGGAAAGGGAAAACUUGUACGAGAGAGAUCCGUUGCAAUCGCAACUUAGCAAGAUGGUUUCAUGGAGUAAAAUCAUCAAAGACGAAUCUAAUCAGAGACGAAUCAUCAAAGACGAAUCUAAUCAGACUUUACACGAAAUUGACAUGCCGUACGUGACGUACAUGCAAUGCAAGGCUGAAAGCCCUAGAGAUGUUCAUAGAUUUCUCACGGUGGACAAGUUCUGCGCAGGCCGUUUGAAUGAUUCGAGCACCUGUAAUGGAGAUGGCGGUAGUGGCCUGUAUAUUAAGAAGGGAGAAGUUUGGUAUCUUCGCGGUAUCGCCAGUGUCAAAUUCGGGGCUUUCGAUGAAUGCAACUCAUACAGUGGAUUCACCAACAUCAAUUUCUUCUAUGAUUGGAUUCGCAAGGCUUACGACAGUGCAUAAACGUGUAGAAGGACGUCGGUUGUCCGAUGCAUAACAUAUGUAACCGGCAUCGUAUUGAGUUUAUAAUUUUGCGAGAUGAAUGAGUAUGAAUGACAUAACAGUGACAAAAACUUAAAAAGUAACCAUUGCACUGCGUUUUUUGUUAAAUAUUCUUAUACCGCUAUAUAUUCCUUAUUGCUUUAUACUUCUAUACUGCAAUAUCGUAAUCAGGUGAUAGAGGGGCGUAAACGGAAAAGUGGGUUGGAGGAUUUUCGUGAUUGAAUUCUGUAAUAGUAUGUAUUGAAUAACUACCUAAGUUGAACGACAUAUCCUUUUUUUAUCUUCUUUGCAUACACAAUCGCUGGAUUGUCACUUACGUUCUUUGUAACUUUUUACUCUGUAUAUGUACUAUGAUAUGGGUACAAAUUUUUGAAAAAUAUAACAAAUUUUUAAAAAA